GAUCCUCUACCUUCCUUCCAUCAGUGCCGCUGGAGAUCAUCUCUGAACUGAGCCAUGAAUUCCCUGGUAGCCCUCGUACUCCUAGGUCAGAUUAUAGGAUGUACGUUUAGCCAUCACUUGUCGCAGCAAUUCGAUUGCAACAGCGAAGAAGCUGAAAGAUUGGCAGCAUUGGCUGUGAACUACAUCAACGAGCAUAGUCUACAUGGAUACAAACACGUUCUCAAUAUAAUCAAGGAUGCUCAUGUCCUGCCCCGGAGACCCCAUGGGAAGGUAAUCUUCUUUGAGCUGAGACUUUUGGAGACAGUCUGUCACGUGUUGGAUCCAACUCCUGCUGAGAAUUGUACCGCAAGACCACUGCAUUACCAUGCUGUUGAAGGAGAUUGUGAUGUCAAGAUUCUCAGCGAUGAAGGCAUCGAGAAAGUGGUUGCUGUGAAAUGCCACUCAGAUCCAGAUUCUGUGGAAGAUGUGCGGCGAAACUGUCUGAAAUGUCCAAUUCUGUUGCCCAGGAAUGACCCUCAUGUGGUAGAGUCUGUCGAUUACGUGCUCCAUAAACACAACGAACAACUGCCUGAGCACGCUUAUGAAGUCCUUGAGAUUUCAAGAGGGCAGCACAAAUAUGAUCCUGAAGCUUUCUAUGUGGAGUUUGCUAUUGUGGAGACCAACUGCUCCGCCCAGGAAGCCCAUGAGGACCAUCAUAACUGCCAUCCCAAAGCAGCAGGAGAAGCACAUAUUGGAUUCUGCAGAGCGACUGUGUUUAGAUCACAUGGUGCCACUGAAAAACCUAAAGAUGAAAAGUAUGAGUCAGACUGUGUCAUCUUUGAUGUCAAGGAUGGAAUUCCUCACAACCAUUUGAUUGAGCAUCACUAUGGAAAAAAUAUUGCUUCCCCAGGACAAACCGAAACUGUCGUGGACCUCGCCCAUUCGCACAACCAUACAAGUGCCUCGCACGAGACUCAUUCUCACGAACACGAGGCAACAGCCGCAGCUCCUGUGGUCAAAAGAGAAGCGCCAACAGAAAUACCACACGAUCACACCCACGCUACAAACCUUUGUCCUGGAAAAGUACACCACUUCAAGGUGUAAGCUAGCCGUGCCACAGAGCAGAGAGAAGCCGCCCAGUUAGUGCAAAAACCCUUUUCCAAAUCAGAAUUCAAACCUUGAGUCCCAAAAAAAGGGGGUUUUAUACCCUGAUACAUUACAGUCUUGGCCAAGUGUUGUGAUCACCCGUUAUUGUUACAAGAAAGAGGCCUUUGCAUUUGUGCCUUGCUGUUUUUAGAAAGGCAGGUGCUCACUGUGAACUUAACACCUUCCAGUCU